UUUCAUUUCUUUCUGUGGUUGCCACCGUUUCAAAGAAUGGAAACUGCAGUGAGCCAGCCUGAACUGCCUUCAGGGAGCCCACAGGUCAGCUCAAGAUGAAGAAUAAUUUCUCACAAACUUGUACUGAUGCAACUGGAGAUUUCCAGGCCACCCUAUACGCAGCCACCUACAUCCUCCUCUUCAUUCCUGGCCUCUUGGCCAAUGGCGUUGCCCUCUUGGUUUUGUGCCGUUUCGUCAUUAAGAAACACAAAGCUGUCAUCUUCAUGAUCAACUUGGCUGCGGCUGACUUUGCCCACGUGUUGUCGUUGCCCUUACGAAUGUAUUACUACAUCAACCACCACUGGCCUUUUGGGAGCUUCCUCUGCCAGUUCUGUUUCUACCUGAAGUACCUGAACAUGUAUGCCAGCAUCUGCUUUCUCACCUGCAUCAGCAUCCAAAGGUACCUCUUCCUCCGUUAUCCUUUCAAAGCUAAGGACUGGAAGCGCAGGUACGAUGCGGCCUUGAGUGUGGCCAUAUGGAUCGUGGUUGGAGCGGCUUGCUUACCCCUCCCUAUCCUGAGGAGCCCCGAUUCAUCCAACAGUACCAACAAUACCUGCUUUGCAGACCUCGGAGUUCAGCAGUUGACUAUGGGAGCUUCAAUCGCGUUGGUGGUGGUAGCUGAACUCUCCGGGUUUGUGGUUCCCCUCACGGUGAUCAUUUUCUGCACUUGGAAAAUGAGGCAAUCUCUUCAGACGUCUGACGCUGCUGUCCAACACGCCAACGAGAAGCAGAAAGCUUGGCAGAUGAUCUUGGUGUGCGCCGCUGUGUUCUUCAUCUGCUUCACGCCUUAUCAUGUCAACUUCCCCAUAUUUAUGAUGGUGAAGCAGAACGCCAUCACAAACUGUGCCAUUUACCAGAGCACUUUGCACUUCCAUUCCAUUUCCUUGUGCCUUGCCAGCCUGAAUUGUUGUCUGGACCCGAUUCUCUACUACUUCAUGACAUCGGAAUUCAAAGAAAGGAUAUUCCAGCAAACCGGGGCUGCCAUCUGGCACCGUCUCGCCAGCCAUGACAGCAGUACUGGCGUGAUUUCGGCAGGGGAGAUGGGCGAAGGUGGUCAACAAAAUAAAAGCGUUCUGUUGGGGUAUUUAUGGACUCUUCAUCCACACCGUUUCGAAGGAACUGGAGGAACUGGAACAGAUUCGAAGGAACGUUGA